AUGAGGACAAUCUCCCUCGGCGGCGGCAAGUGGCAGGAUGUCCGUUUCGAUAAAGGCAAGAAGAGGUAGUUGAUCGACCAGUGUGGACAUGAGAGGUGCUACUCAUGUCUCUUCAAGUCCGAGACAUGUCCCAUCUGUGCGCUUCAAGCCCCGCCGAAGAAGCUGCAGCAUGCCCAGUCUCGGUCGUCCAUAUCCCCGGCAGGAGGACCAGGAAGGUCGAAGCUCCUCACAAAUGGGACCUUCUCGUCAUACUUCAAAGGCGGCGACCCAGGACUCCCGCCAGAGAGACCGUCCCCCUCGCGGUCUGUGUCCCCCAGACGCAACAUCCUUGUCUCCCAGUCCCACACCCUCAGUCCUCUCUAUGCCUCCUCUAGUCCCGUGAGCGUGAGUUACGGGACGCUCGCUCCUCCUCCUCCUCCUCCUUCGCAAGGGCAUAUUUACUCUCCCGUCGGCGCCCCCGGGAGAGAGACGCCCUAUGGCACGCCUCCCGCGCACUCCCGUCUGGCUUCUCCCGGCCCUCCGAAGAGUGUGGGAGGAACACCCGCAAGUGCUCGGCGCCGCGGGGUAAUAAGUCCCCGAGGGCCACCUUUGUCACCUUGGUCCAGGCGUGCCAUCCGGCCUAACACCGUCAACGUGGACUCCUCACAACACCUAACAGAUGACGAAUGUGAUGGAGACACGGAGGCACCCAGCGGAGGAGGCGGUGACGGCGCGGAGGCCAAAGACGGCAGUGAUUUGUACAUGCGCCUCGGCCUCCUGCUGGGGGAUGGAGCAGCGCCUCCGAGCUCUGCUUCCAGGACUCCCCGAGCAGCCUCGUCGCACACCUCCUUCAGCUCACUCUCGGCGUCCUCCGAGGUCAACACAACAACCUCGAAUAACACUAGCCCAGUUUCUACUCUGAAUGGUUCCUCAGAGGCAGAACUACGACUGCCUGGAGCUCGAGACCCUUCGGUGGAGAGCAUGAACAGCCUGUUGUCUCACGGAGCAGUCUCCUCCAAUGCCUCGGCUUCGCCCACAACCACACCAAGGAGGCAUUCAGUUACCACUUCACAGCCCGGCCAGGUUGAAGAACUGAGAUUAUUUGGAAGACGCAGGUCUACUGUUCGUCGCUCGGCCAGAAGCGCCCACGUGAAAGGUCCGAUAGACCCCAAAGUGCGAUUUGCCGGUUAUCGUGGUGCGCAGCUGAGCUUGAGACCUCUGUUCUUCGAAUUGCCUCAACAGGACCCUGACCCUCUGUUUGUGGGCCGAGUGUGGCUUUAUCGCGAGAUCGAAGCCCACAUAACAACAGAAGCCCCAACAAACAGAGGCGUAGUCAUCACUGGUAUUGUAGGUGCAGGCAAAACAGCAGCAAUACUGCAGUUAGUCGAAUACAGCUGUUUUGGCCGGAAGAGAGAUGAGUCUAUAUACCAAGACCUAUACAGCAAAAGUGGUGGAUACAGUCGCAUGAGUUUGAUACCUGAAGGCAUAAAAUCUACCAUUUCUGCCUACCACUUCUGCCAAGCUGAAAACUCUGCCACGUGCCUUGUCCCAGAUUUUGUACAUUCUGUUGCUGCUCAGCUGUGUCAGGCACCACAGCUCCAUGCAUAUCGUGACUUACUGUUAGCUGAGCCCCAGACACAGGCCUUGUUAGCAUUGCCUGCCUGUGUAAGCGACCCAUCAGCAGCAUUAGUGAAGGGUGUACUGGAACCUCUUCACAAUCUCCGGCGGUUGGGAAAAAUCGGGGCAGAUCCUCUAAUCAUUGUGGUUGAUGGGCUCUGCGAGGCUGAGUAUCAUCGUCCAGAUCAUGCAGAUACUCUUGCUUCAUUUCUUGCUCGCCAUGCAGUCAAACUACCUUCUUUCAUCAAGCUGGUGGUCAGUGUACGGUCACAGUUGGCAGACUUAACACGCUUGUUACCUUUCCACCGCAUAUCACUGGACCCUGACCAGAGAGCCGACCCAGCGGCCGACAUGCCCACGCGAGAUCUGAGUGACUACGUCGGUUUCCGGUGUAUGCAUUCACCAACGAUUAGAUCGAACAUCACCGUUACCCAAGGCAAAAUAGAAGGGUCCUCCCAACACCGCUUUACACAACAUGUUGUAGCCCAAAGCAAAGGCUCAAUGCUGUUCAUCAAGUUGAUACUAGAUCUGAUUGAACGAGGACACCUUGUCAUGAAGUCUGGCUCAUUCAAGGUCUUGCCGCAGUCCCUUAGUGAAAUAUUCAUGCUUCUGUUCAACUUACGGUUUCCCAGUGUGCGAAGCUUUGAAAAGGUGGAACCUAUUCUGAAUGUUGUUCUAGCAUCACUUAACCCACUGACAUUGCCGGAGAUUUAUCAUUCAGUAAAUGCUGGACUCCUUUACAAAUUCCUUUCCUGGGAUGAAUUCCUAAGUCGUUUUAAGAUACUAAAUUCUUUCCUUGUGAAGAGACUCGAUGACACCUUCAUGCUGUUCCACCCAGCCCUUCGAGAAUGGUUGGCAAGACGUGCCGAAGGAGAGCCUGCUAAAUUUGUGUGUGAUGUAAGAGCUGGUCACGCCGAUUUAGCUCUCCGCAUGUCCCGGCUGGAGUGGCCACUGGAUCCCGAAGCUUCGCUAGAGCUUGGUCAUCACAUCUUGAAAGCUCAUGUGUACAAGAACAUGGCGCGAGCUCUUCCACUGUCUCCACGUGAUCUUCAGGCCUUGUGGCUUGCACAGUCAUCACACAAUGUCUCUCAGGCGCUUGCUUGCACAAGAAACCUGUACAGCCCCAACACAAAGGUAUCGAGGCUGUUACUCCUGGCAGGCGCUUCACUAGACUACCCCACUGAGCACCUCCACAAUUCCCCCAUCAUGGGAGUGUGUGCUUACCAAGGUCACACAGAGAUGGUGGCACUUCUCAUCGAGUUCGGUGCUAAUGUUACACUAACGAACAGCGAGGGCAUAACAGCUGUAGGUCUGGCUGCAUCUUGUGGACACUGCGAUGUUGUCCGUCUGUUAGUACAAGCUGGAGCUUCAUUGACUGCAAAAGAUCGGCAGAAUAUGACACCAGUGGUCCAGGCAGCGGCUGCAGGACACCUUAAUGUAGUUGGCUACUUGCUGUCAUGUGAUUGGCCAGGACAAGAUGAUCUGCUGAAAAACCAAGCUCAUCAAGCACUGGUCGUUGCUGCCUCAAAUGGCCACAACAAUGUGGUGGAAUUUCUGUUAGACUUGGCAGAAGUGAGUGUUGAUGGAGAAGAUAAUGUAACUGGAGAAACAGCCCUUACAGUAGCCGCUGGUGCAGGCCACACAGCACUAGUCGCUGCCCUUCUCAGAGCUGGAGCACGUAUUACAAAGGCGAACUCAAGAGGAUCUUUACCACUGACUUCUGCAGUUCGGAAUGGCCAUUAUGAAGUUGCAAAACUACUGCUAAGUCAGGGUGUGACCGUAGAGAGCCCAGAUGCUGGUGGCCGCACACCACUCAUGGUUGCAGCAUCUGAGGGACAUUUUGGGCUCAUGGAACUACUCAUUUCUCGCGGCGCCUCGAUAAUCAGAACAGACAGAGAAGGUCUGACUCCUCUCGGCUGGGCCUGUUUGCGUGGACAUGUUCAUGCUGUCCAGUACCUUGCGGACUACAAUGCAGGCUUAAACCAUGCUGACAAAUCAGGAAGAACACCUCUAGACCUAGCUGCAUAUCAGGGAGACCCCAUAGUGGUCCAGUUCCUUCUAGACAAAGGAUCAUUGAUAGAGCAUGUGGACAUCAAUGGAAUGAGACCCCUGGACCGUGCUAUCAGUGCCCGUAAUGCCGCAGCCGUGCAAUGCUUUUUGUGACGCGGUGCAAAACUGGGUCCUGCUACAUGGGCAAUGGCAGCAGGCAAACCAAACAUCUUGGUUAUGCUAUUAAACAAGUUACAAGAAGAUAGAGUAACACUUUGUAGUAAAGGUCGUUUGAAAGAAGCGGCCCAUCGCUUUUCAUAUGCCCUGUGUAAGCUACCCACAGGUGAUCAAGGUGAACACACUGCAACCUUCACACAUCUACGCUUACAUCUGACCCUCAACUUGUCUCGCUGCAAGAGAAAAAUGAAUGAAAUAGAAGAGGCCAUUCAGCUUGCAGAUUCAGCUCUCAAGUUGAAGAGCAAUUCAUACGAGCCUUACUAUGCUCGAGCCAGAGCCAAGAGGGAGGCCAAGCGUCUGCAAGAAGCCUUGGAAGACGUGAACGAGGCAGUAAGGUUAGCUCCCCAGACUCGUGAUGUCCGUCGCGUCUUGAUUAAGAUUCGAGACGAAAUGCAGAAUGAGCUGGAUUCCUGCGUUUCCAUCGACCUUGCUCAACUCCGACACUUAGCAGCUUCGGUGGACACCCUCUCUGAAGCCGACCUCCCGAUGACGUCCAGCAUCUUAUCGGAGUCUGGUUAUUCCUCAAACAUCUAAAGACAAUGGUCACAAUUUGAACACAUAUGGCAGCUUUUAAAUCCUUGCCUUUACAUAAGAUAAAUAGAGAAAAGAAAGAAAAUAUAUAUAUUUCCUGUGCAAUGGUAAGAAUCAGACAUUUUAUUUAGACAUUAGAGAUGAGAAUCUUGAUUUUGAAUUAAUUGCUAGGUUACAAACUAUGAUUAGGUUGGCACAUAUAGAAACAUCAUUGUGCAACUUCCUGAGCUAAGAUGUAUCCAAAAAAUUAUUUUGCAAACCAUCUGGUUUCCAUUGCUCAUUUGGAGAUGUCAUUUAACCCUAAUAAUUCCAUUUCAAGAAUUCCACAUGAUAAACAAUGUACCCAUAAGUUGACAUGAGCCUUUCAAGAAGUGAAGUAGUCGUAUGUUGCCGUUCUUUUUUAUAUAGAUGCCGUCUGCUUCCCUAUCCGAUGUGGUGCUUUGUAUUGUAGAAUGUGUUUUUGUCUUUUUUCUUUUUUGCAUGAUUUUUUUCUUUUCUUUUUUUUAUUCAUAGGAGGUAUUUAUUUUGCUAUUACAAGUGACACAAAAACUUCUUGAGGGACUCAUGUUCAAAGAGACGCUUCACUUCCUGAUUGCGACUGUAUAUCCACACUAGGUGAUGUUACAUAAUCCGUGUAAUGCACCCGUUAAGAUCUUGAAACUCACCUGAUGUCGACCUCCUGAUUUGGACUCUUGUAAAAAAAAAAAAAAAAAAGAACGAAAGGAAAAAAAGUUGGUCGCCAGAGUUUUAGCUUGCAAAUUUCUCUUCCUGAUUUGGCUCUUCCUCUGGCCCCAUUUGCAAUUUUGUGACGUGUUUAGAACUUUUUUUUGUAAUCCUUAAGUAGGCUUUAAUUAUCCAUUCAGUCAAAAUUACGAGUACAUGAGGGUUGUAUUACUAAUCACUUCACAAAGAAGGAGAGUGGCUAGACCAGCAUGUAGACUGAACCACUAACCAUCUGCAGUAGGUGUGCUCACUCUGUAAUCCCAGCAUUGCCAAGACACACAUUCAAAAUUGGUUGCUUACAUGAAAGAAAAAUGAAUUCCCAGUUUCCUCAUUUCUUCUUUCGUUAAACUUUUCAUAGAUUUUUAUACUUAAUUUCCUAUUGAAGUGAUAGUUAAUAGAUACACAUUGUAGCUUCUUGCACUUGGCAGUGCCGUAUAAACCUGCAUGCCUCAUCCAUAGCUCUAACAUCCUCAAGAAGACAUACCAUCUGUUGUUUAGUCACCAAGUGAGAAAAAGUCAGUUCUUGUGAUGUUAGAAAACAAAACAAAAAACAAAAUAAAAAGUGUGGUUAUACCUAGUUCAGUUAGUAUGCACGAAUGUUUAAGCAGGUUUGAUGUUUAUCGGGAAGCUUUUGAACGAUUGGGUGUGAGUGAGUAGUGUGAAUGCCAGCUACCUGCCUGCUUGUGGUAUGUUGUUAUCCCAACGUUGUAGUGAGACCCACUUAAAGUUGCAGAGAAUUAAAUGUUAUUUUCCUCUCUGAGACUUUAUGAUCAUUUUAUGGAAGAAGGGGGCAAGACAUGGCUUAGAAUGUGACAAGUAAACACUUUAUUGCAUGUUUUUUAUACUACUGUUUUCAUAUGUUUAGCAUCCUCUUUUGUGUAACCUAAGUGCCCUAAUGUUGUGCAAGUGUCCUUACCAGUGUCUUAGUUUGUCAUUAUCGUUUAAUUUCCUUUUUUUAUGUGUGUGAGUGUGUGGCCGUGUCCUGCCUCCCUCCUAUGCCCCCUCCGGAAUGUUCCUUUGUGAGUGUAACUAUCUCGAGCAGUCCAGGGAAGGGAUCAGGGCACCAGUUUUAACCAAAAGCUGCCUAGAUUAAUACCGACAACUCGGGGCUUCAGCAGUGGCAAUCUUCAGAAUUUUUUUGUUUGAAUUGGGUUCUUUGCUGCCUCUGAUUUCUGUCCCUGCUCUCCACAUAAAUUCACACUAAUUGACCCACCAAGUAGUUCUCAAUUGGCUUUCCGAAUUGGCUUCUCAGAACUCACACUCCGCAAUAGUCGAUUGGAUAUAUCAGCUCAGACAUGACCCCCUUCAUUACAAAAAUACAGGUAGACCUCUUUAGUUGUCAAAGAGGGCUUUUCUGAUGGCAUGAACACCAUUCCUAUACAAUGGUAUAGGAAGUUUAAUUUUGCCUAUCAUGUGCUACACAGUGGUUUGUGUAGCUACAGCACAUGUAGGCAGAUUGGCAUGCAUUGGGGUCAUCAAUUUAUUUUUAUUUUGUUAAAUCAGCUAUAAAAUUCUGCACUGUACAGUAGAUAUAAAUUGAAAUGGCAUAAGGGUGAUGUAUAGUAUGAAUGACGCCCAAGGCGAAAGUUGCUAGUCAUUUUUUAAAAUAGAAUUAGUGAUGGUAAGGACAGGCAUAUCACAGUAUGAAGCUUGUAUAAUGAUUGUAUAGUGUACAAAAUCAAUAGCCUUAUGAAUGACCAUAUUUGUAGAGAGUUGAGUUAAAGGAUUCCGUACCGAGCUAACUGGCCACGCCCCUCUUAAAGGCCAGGCAACAUUAAACUAUAGACUUGUAAUUGACAUUAUGUAGACAAACUACAUAAUGUUAAUAUUAUAAUCCUUUAGUUACUUUAGAUGUUACAUGUGUGUAAUGAGAAAAGUAACUUGAUUACUGAUCUUUAAUUAUUAUGAUCUCUCAGAUAUUCCUGAUUGUUGUACUGCCAAAUUUUUAGUGUAAUUUUUACACAUAUGUAAUAGAAUGGUCUGCUAUACAAUAAAAUAUUGAUGGUU